AACUCAAGCGUGAGGAGCUCGUCACCUGGCUGGACCGGUUUUUGUAGCUUGCAUCGUCUGAGAGACUACGCGUUAGGCGUUACCAUUCUAGGUACCAUUCGCUCUGUUUUAUGACCUACAUUGAAUAAAUAGUACCACACAAUCGAGAGAAUCUUCAUAUUUUCGUUACUUAUUAGCCUUUAUUAAAAUGAGCCAACAAAAUACAGGAGCUGAAAAAGAAGAAGAAUCCCAAGGAUCUGGAUUUCUUCCGGGCCUUUUGCUAGCUGCUGGGGGUGCUGCUGCUGUGGGUUUCUUGGCACACAAGUUGGUAUCUGACUACAAAGAGGCACAAUCAGCACAUACUAGUAGGAUUAGCCCUCUUUUCAUCAGUGGGGUACAGAAUCAAGAGAAUGUAUUCAAAGUACAAUCUGGUGAGGGGAGCCGUACAAGGAAAGAUAUGGCAUUUUACUCUGAAAUACCUGAAGCAGUCAAGUGUAUUAACUGCAGGGAGAAGCCUCGAAAGGUAAUAAUGAACCCGUGCGAAUGUUUAUGUUUGUGUGAGGAUUGCGGAGAGAAAUGCUACAAAUCUGUCAGUCCUAUAUGUCCUGUUUGUGAAAGACCAGUCAAAAGAGGUUAAAAUGCCUUUAUAUAAAAUUUUUCUAUGUGUUUGGUUGUCAAUCUAACGGUUUUUCCUAUUUUCAUAGAAGAUUUUUGCUGGUGUUAACUUGUAUUAAAUUAAACUUUUCAUUCUUAAUAGUUUUUGGCCUUGGAUAUUUUUGUAAAAAGAUUAGAACCUAUUUGAAUUGGACUUUUUAGCUCUUUGUUAAACCCUUAUAUAUAUUAUUAUACUUGUAUUAUUACACUACUCAAUAUUUGUGUUUUUUUAAUACAAUGGCUUGUUGGAUGUUGGUUUAUAAUAUAUAAGAUUUUGACUUUUUAUA